GUUAAAUAAUUAACCGAUAUCCACCGCGGCCAGAGGUAAACAAAUAUAUUUCAGCCUCCACCUCAACACACACACACACACACGUACAUUCACACACACUCUCUCACUCUCUCUCUUUCUCUCUCUAGCUCUUUAUCCAAAGCCUUUCUUCUCUUCUGUCUAGAAACACACACACACACACUAUACAGUGUAAACAGUCACUCCUCCCGAAGAGAAGACUACUCAAUUUUCCUCUCCUACACUUUCUUCCACCAAAAUCUCCAAAUCAAAAAGAAGCAGAGGAAUCCAUUUUUCCCCAUCCGGGUUUUAUUCUAAAUAUUCUGGAUGAUAAAGAUUUUUGAUUCCCCCCUCUCGCUCCUCCCACUUCUCACUUUCUCUCUCUAGAAUUACACACACACACACACUGUGUGUGAGUGGUUUCUAAGCACUGAGAAUCCUCUUUUUUCCUUCUCUCUAUCAAAUCCCUUUCGCUUUCAAUGCGAAUCUGAAAAGAAAGAAAAAAAAAGAAACAUCUUCCCCCUUUUUUUCCCCCAUGCUUCAACCAGAGGAACAAACCAUGUUGUCCGGGAAGUUAGUCAAAUACAGUGAACAUUUGAGCCAGACAACGACCGUUAUCAUGCCGGAAUAUUCUGUUUCCGGCGGAAGGAGGACUUUUCCGGCUGGGAUGGCCGGAAGGACUGUACGGAUUUCCGUUACGGAUGCCGACGCCACCGACUCCUCCAGUGACGAAGAGGGACGGUGUUCUGCCAAGCGCCGACAGAGAGUCAGAAAAUUUAUUAACGAGGUCAGGAUACAGCCCCCCUGCAGAGAUUACGGUAACGGUAACGGUAACGGAAAUGCUAACGGCGUGCCGUCUGUGAGUUUGGUGAAGCAGAGGAGGAAGAGCGGCGGCGGCGGAAGCGUAGAGAGCACGGCGGAGGUGGGGAAUGCUAGGAAGUUUCGCGGCGUGCGCCGUAGGCCGUGGGGCAAAUGGGCGGCGGAGAUUCGCGACCCCUCGCAACGUGCACGGCUGUGGCUGGGAACCUACAACACGGCGGAGGAGGCUGCCAUGGUGUACGACCACGCGGCCAUCAAGCUGCGUGGUCCAGACGCGCUCACUAAUUUCUCCACUCCACCACCACCACCACAACCCACACCGCCGCCGCCGCCACUGAAGUACAACAACACAAGCUCAGGGUACAACUCCAGCGAAGACUCCCACAACAACAUUGUCAAAUCACCCAAGUCGGUCCUCCGGUUCGUCUCGGCCGCCGAGUCACAAGCCGACUCGUCAAACGACCCCGUUUCAGUGAAUGAUAAAUGCGAAUCUGAUACUUCGAUAUUCCCGAUGGAUUUUUUCCGGGAUUUCGAAAACCCGGUAACCGUACCCGACUUGUUUGACGGGGCGAGCUUUUCGGACAAUAUAUUUGGUAUGGAUGUUGACUGCUGCGGCGAUAUGCUUAUCGGGUCGGAUACUGAUUUGGGUUUCAGAUUCGGAUCGUCCAGCUGGCAGCCGGAUUGUUUCCUACAAGACUUCGGUGACAUAUUCGGGUCGGAUCCUCUAAUUGCCCUUUGAGAACACCGAAACGACACCGUAAUAUGAAAAAUCAGCACCAAAAUCUUGCUGAGUUUUUCGGCAGUUUUGAGAAUUAGCAGUAAAUUAGAAACGCCUAUAUAGUAUAUCCUUAGCCAUCUG